AUGCCGACCUUGGAGAGAAUGGAAAUGGGAGAUAUUACGCCACCUUACCUCUUCACUGAAAUUCACCUGAUGACAUCGAAACCUGGCAAAUAUGUCGAUACUUUUGCGUUUGCUUUCUCUUUCAGCAGUGAGGUGUGGGCUGGCCUCUUCUUUUCCAUGCUUCUUAUUACUACGAUGUUCACUGUCGACAAGUGCACUCGAGAAAACAGCACGAAGGGCAUGAUUCGAAAACUCGGGAGCAGUUUCUGGCUAUGCUGCACGUAUUUCUUCACUUCAGCGAGUCAUAAAAGAGGGGCGAAGGUGUCGACCCGAAUUCUACUCGGAUCUUGGAGCCUCUUCUUAUUCAUCAUUGUUACGGCGCUGAGCAGCUGCCUCGUUAGCACCAUGCUCGUGAAGGGUACCGAAGAUCACGUGGACAAUCUUGAAGACAUCCUCAGAUUUCCGAAGCUCAAGAUCCUCGUGGAGAGAAGGACUGGCUUUGAACAUUUCAUCAUGAAAACAACAACACCUUUCUUCAAAAAGCUGCAGCGUCGAGUAGAACUCAUUCAAGGCUCAACCAUUCCGGGAGCAGUUCAAGAUGACACCUUUGACCGCGUCGAGGGUGGAGGUCACGUGCUCCUGCACGAGCGCAACUUCCAGGAUGCCACGUUGGCGGCCCGCUACGCGAAGCGUGGCCAAUGCAGCUUCAGACGGGCGCCUCGAGGUCUGCACCUGCAGGCCGUGGGCAUGAUGCUGAGGAAGAGCCUGAACCCGGACAUCAAGCGCACCAUAAACGCUCACCUUAGGAGGGCAUUCGAAAUGGGCCUCCAGGACAGGCCAAUUGAACCGUUCAUAUUCAACGCGUCCAGAUGCUACGUCGAAGAGCCCGAAGAAGCUGCCGCCUACCGACUGGAAGAUAUGCAGGGGGCGUUCUUUUCCUUGGUGUUAGGGCUGACCCUUUCCUUGGCAGCUUUCGUGAUGGAGCUCACAGUGAAGCGCUGUCCACCGUUCAGUACGAGAUGCCGCAUGCUACUGGACAGUGGACGUAAAUUAACCGAAGGAACCUAA